AUGACAGCAGCAAUGUUGAUCUAUUCGGCAACGUUUAUGCGAUUCGCGUGGGUAGUACAGCCAAGGAAUCUGCUUCUAUUUGCCUGUCAUAUGACAAAUGAAACAGCACAACUCAUUCAAAUGGGCAGAUAUAUCGAACACUACCACUUUGGUGGUCAUCAAAGACGAGUGACGCAGGAGGCGAAGGUCAUCGAGGACAAGGACACCGAUACUCUAUGCAUUAAAUCGGUUUCUAUAAUUGUUGCAAGUGUAAUUCAAAAGGAUCGGGUGAAAAGACAGCUGACACUCUAUUCCUCCGAAGCGGCAAGAUCUAAAGAUAUCAACGAGGCAUUGAUGAGUCAUGGAUAUUCUCAAGAUAAUACGGCUUCUGAAGUGGCUCACAUGACAUUUAUGCUCUAA